UGGGUUUCAUCAACCAGUUUGAGCUUAGUGCUCCCGACGAAGCGAGAGGAGUUUUUCAGUUUAGUAAAGAUGGCCCGACUGAGUGUGACAAUUUUGGCCACCCUAAUUCUUUACCUCGCCUACCAGACGCUGGCCAGUGAGGCCGUUCCGACCGGAAGUGGAAACUCGAAGCUCCUGAGCAGCAGUGUGGACACAUCGGAAAAUCUGCUAAGUGAUGAAAACUUGAACAAACUUCAAACGGCGUGGUUCAAGAGCGCUUACAAUCGAAGAUCGUCCCCGGUGGGUGGGAGUGAUGCACGCGCAGCAGUGGCCACGUAUCCGGUGCUGAGGAGAACCGCACCGGCGGUUGCGGCGCCAAAUCCUAUGGGAUACUUUGCCGACAUUAGCCUGCUCGACGACGAAGACAUCCUGAAGAGGUUCGACGAUUACGGCCACAUGCGGUUCGGCAAGCGGGGCGGCGAGGGUGACCAGUUUGACGAUUACGGCCACAUGCGCUUUGGGCGGCGGUAAGUUGGUGCAAUUAUUCGUGGCAGCGGCGGCGGCAGCUGGUGACUUCUCUUCGUUUGGUCCGCGGUAAAGUUUGUAUUUGUAACAUAUUUGUGAAUAAAUUAGAGACAAUGUGCUGAACCAGAA